AUAGCAAGCUGUAUGUGAUCAAAACAGAAAUCCGCGAGUACAGUGCACAAUACAGUGGGCAUUUGAGGGUCGAUUUGAGUGCAAUUGAUCUUCUAACGACGUUUAAGUCCAAAAUUGAACCAAAAGCAGCAUGAGUGCUAACUUGAGUUUGCCAGACUUUGUAGAGCGCAAAGGCUCUUUGUUUUUACGCUCCGAUCACAUGGAUUACAGCCGUCCAACCCUGAACUCAAAUUGGCACCAGGCCAGGGAAGCAGAACCCAAAGACUACGAUAUCAACAAUGAAUCAGAGAAGAAAGACCUCCAUCGAACCACCUACAGGAGAAUUGGAAACAUUACAGAUGGAUCAUUCCCCUUGACCACCACCCAGUACUCCAUGCAGCAGAUCCACCUCAAGAAUGACUUUGAGGAGAAAGAGACGAGAAAGCCCAUGGUGAAUAUUGACACCUACCAAGCCGCCGACAUAGACAGGGAUACAGGACACCCAAAGACAGGUUAUCAAGCUGUUCUUCCCCGCCACCACCCUGAGCAUGACAAGAGGCAUCUUGAGACAACCCACAGGGCAGACUACAGACCACCGUUCCCGUACACACCUGUGCCGGAGCAACCACCUGAUUUUCCCGAUAACUCCAAUGUGUUCCGGCACUGCCACAGUCAGUUUACUGACACAGCGGACUACCGGCGGUUCGGCCGCAACACCUGGCAGGAUGAGAGUGGGCAGUAUGCCAACUCCCAGCUGAGGCGAGACUACUUCCAGCCCACCAACACCAUACCACAAAUACUUGAGUAGAGUAGAGAGCCGUUAGCCGUCAUAGUGUGGGUGGGGGUGGGCAGAGUUGGGGUUGUAAAAAGUUAGGCGGGAGGGUCACGCUGCUCACACAGAAAUGUCAAAAGACAGAGAUGAAAGACCUUUUUGUUCACAUAUCAGAAAUCAACAGGGGUGAAAAUCUGCAGGUUCUCAACUUGCAGCAAAUCAUGAAUCCAGAAUAACGGGGAUAUUGUGGGUCAUGUGACCCAGUAACCUGUUAAAAAAAUUGCUGCUGGGUAGUAUUUUAUGAGUGGGGUUCAGAUGUGGCCACACACGUACACACAACCCUUACCUUUCACUGAAUCAAGGCAAAACAUAUAAACUUAAAUUAUUUUUCUUACCAUGUCUUGGUCCCUGAAAGUUGGACAAAUGCCUUCUCAAGCUCUCAAGUUUCUUCCCUGCCAGAGAAAAUGAAUAUCAUGCAUUUUACACAUACUUCUGCAUUCAAUACAUACAGUGACAUAACUUAAUGAUAUUUUAGCACAUCCACUGAGGAAAUUGGUUUAUUUGAAACAGGUAAUCACGAUAGCAGUGAUUUCGUCCGUUAUUUUAAAAUUCAAAUGUCUGGGGUCUCUUUUCUUGUAAACUUCCCAGGUGCUAUUUUUCUACCUUCAUAUUUAUUACGUUUGAUGGCUAAAUUUUUAACUCAUGAAGUUCUUGUCGACAUCAACGAUUUGAUAAAGUGAAAGUGGAGGAAGCAGUAUCAUUUUCGAUGGAGAUAUUUUGAUUUGUUUUUACUACGGAUUUUGUGGGAUCAGGGGGCAAAAGGGCUCAAUUUCCUCUCAAUCUGAAUUAUUUUAAACGUAAUGCUUCAUCAGUGUGGAACGAUUUUUUUCAAAUUUUCGUGUUUUUAAAGAACCACCGAAGUGUACAUACUGUUGUGUAAUAAAUUACAAUUAUGUGUUGUAAAUAA